AAAAAAGGGGAGAAAGACAGAAGAAGCUCUAAGUUGGAUGGCAGAUGCAGGGACGGGAACGAAGAGGAGAAAAAUGGGUGAAAGAAAAGAAGCUAAUAAUUCCAAGAAAUCAGCAGCAACAAAAUGGCCAAAUAUCAAACCCAAACUAAACCUUCAAAUUCAUCGUCUCAAAGACACAGAUCUCUUCACUGUGAAAAAUUUCUUCACAUCUGCUGAAUCAAGGGCAUUUGUUAAAGUUGCUGAAUCAAUGGGUUUUGCUCAUCAAGGGAGUCUUGGUCCAUUAAAAGGUGAAGCUUAUAGAGAUAAUGAUCGAAUUUCUGUGAAUGAUCCUGUUCUUGCGGAUGCAAUAUGGGAGUCUGGACUUAGCAAAUUAUUUACUGAUAUUAAAAUUCGGGGGAAGGUUGCUGUUGGCUUGAAUCCGAGUAUCAGAUUCUACAGGUACAAGGUAGGUCAACGAUUUGGAAAGCAUAUUGAUGAAAGUGUCAGUCUUGGAGAUGGAAAGCGCACACAUUAUACUUUGCUUAUAUAUUUGAGUGGUGGUGUUAAAGCCAAGGCUAAAAAUGAUCCCAGUACCCCCAAUGAUACUUCCUUGGAGCCUUUAGUUGGAGGAGAGACUGUCUUCUAUGGUUCAAGGAAUAAUCUUGUGGCCGAGGUGGCUCCCACUGAAGGAAUGGCUCUCUUACACAUUCAUGGUGAUAAGUGUAUGUUGCAUGAAGCCCAGAAUGUUACUAAGGGUGUCAAGUAUGUGUUUCGUUCGGAUGUAGUUUUUGCUUGAAGACCAGUUGUUACUAAACCAAGCAGGCCUGGUGAGUUUUUCAUGAUGAGUCAGUUUAUGCCAUAAUCUUUUUGUUUCUAUAAUUCAAAAUCCUCGGUAACCCAGCUUAUUAAGCAUUAUUGUCCAAACAAAAACACAUAGUUUCUUGAGUGACCAAUACCAUAGUGGCUGAUAUGCUGCAGUUGAUAUCUAAUAGAAAUCAUUUUCAUUUUACAAUUUAUUUUAGUAGAAGUUUGUCUUUGACCAGAGGAUGCACUUUUUUAAGUGUGAACAUGUUAUAUUAUCUUUCUGUUCGUGGAUCAAGGAGAUAUUGUUCCACUUCGAGAAUUACCUUGAUACCAUUGGUAUCAUUAAAUAUGCCUUUGGGACUAAAAUGGAGUUUGAGGCAAGUCAAUACUUCCAUGAAGAAAUAACCAAAUGGGGGCUCAACCUAAGUGCAGUGUCGUGCGAGUUUAGGAUUUGGAUCAUUUGAUUUCCAUAUCUGUAUCACAGCUGUUAUGAGAAUAUAUCUAUCUUUAUUCUUUUUUGUUGUAAAGUAUACAAUUCUUCAUUGUCUAGUUUAGGACUUUGCCUACAGAACAACUCUGUUAUGCUCAAAUUUGGUAGCAGGACUUCUCCAUAUAGAUUGUGAAUUUAAAAA